GAGCGGGACAGAGUCUGGCCUCCCAUCCAGGCCCCAUACCAGAAAUCCUUGGCGUCAUGGGAACAAGUAGGUCCAACAGGUAUGACAUUGUGUCAGGCGUUUUACCAGAAGAGGAACGCCAGAAGAUCUCUAGCUUAGUACUCCCUAACGGCCACAAUUCCCCCAACUUCCGACUGCCCUCGGCCUGUGACGCAGAGACGGAAGACAGCAGGAGGAGUUCGGGAGCCUCUGCUGCCGUGCCCAACGCGAGGGGACAAAGAAUGAUGAACAACUACAACGGAAAGAUUCUGACAAGGAGCUCCAACCAAAUACGGAGCCGGUUUGUAAAGAAAAAUGGACAAUGUAACGUUGUGUUCACCAACAUGGAGGAAAAGAGGCAACGCUACCUCGCUGACAUCUUCACCACCUGCGUGGACACCCGCUGGAGAUACCUGCUGCUUCUAUUCUGCGCCAGCUUCCUGGUCUCGUGGCUUUUCUUUGGCAUUAUCUUUUACAGUGUCUCCCUGGUACAUGGGGACUUUGAGGAGCAACCGACGGUGAAGGGUGAUGGGCUGGGGGUGGCGGGGCUGCAUGGACCCGCCUCUGGACACACAUCUGGAGAGCAGACACAAAGACUGCCCUGCAUACUUCAUGUCCGUGGCUUCAUUGGGGCGCUCCUGUUCUCCAUGGAGACCCAGACCACCAUUGGUUAUGGCUGGCGCUGCGUUACCGAGGAGUGCCCUGUCACUGUGAUAACAGUGGUCAUCCAGUCCAUUGUGGGCUGCAUCAUUGACUCGUUCAUGAUUGGCACCAUCAUGGCUAAGAUGGCCCGGCCAAAGAAGAGGAAUCAGACCCUGGUGUUCUCUAAAAAUGCUGUCAUCGCCCUGCGCGAUGGCAAGCUGUGCCUCAUGUGGAGGGUGGGCAACCUGCGGAAGAGCCACAUCGUGGAGGCUCAUGUCCGUGCACAGCUCAUACGUUCGUAUGUCACAGCUGAGGGGGAGUUCAUCCCCUUGGAGCAGAUGGACCUCAAUGUGGGCUACGAUGAGGGCACAGAUAGGCUGUUUCUAGUAUCCCCGCUCGUUAUAAUCCAUGAGAUAGAUAAAGAUAGUCCCUUGUAUACUUUAAGCAGAGCUGACCUGGAGACGGAUGACUUUGAGAUUGUCGUGAUCUUGGAGGGGAUGGUGGAGGCCACGGCCAUGACCACCCAGUUCCGUAGCUCCUACCUUGCCAGAGAGGUCUUCUGGGGUUACAGGUUCGAGCCUGUGAUCUAUGAGGACCGGGACUGCUACAAGGUAGACUACUCUCGCUUCCACAAGAUCUGUGAGGUGCCGUCGAUGCCCCUUCUCAGCGCCAAAGAGCUUGACGAGGCCGCGAGCCGGGCCUCUUCUGCUGCUUCUGCCGCUUCUCCGGUCUCUGCGUGUAGAUCCACACGAGACUUGAUUCCCAGGUCGCUGAGCGCCUUUUGUUACGAGAACGAGUUGGCGUUGAGCUGUGGGGAGGACGAGGAUGACAUCUUCGACUCCCAGAUUGGGGGGAAGGAGAGGGCAGAGGAGAGGAGGACUUCUGUAGAUUUCCCAAAUAUGUUCCAGGAUGAUGCGGCUAUGACAUCAGGCAGUCACAGCGUCAUGUGUGUUCUAGACAUGGACAAUAACCAGAUGGAGUUUGACAUCCUACAGACUGCCAUCCCUCUUGAUCCAGUGACCUAUAAGAAUGAACAAGAGAUCUAA